GUGACGUCACCUGGGAGUCGCACUGAACUGUGCUGGAUCUGUGCUGGAACUGUCUCGUGACGUGCGCAAGCCAGGCAGGCAGGAGUUGACCACAUGUGGAUGAAAGGAAAACACGACGUUGGACCAGGAUUUCAGCUCAACAGCUAACAAUGAAGAAAGAAAUAGCGGCAGUGGUAUUUUUCCUGAAGCGGUUGAUAAAGAAGGCUGAGAAGUUGGACGCAGAAAAAGUGGAUCGGUUUGUGGAGCGGUUAACGGUGGCACUACAGGAAAAGUACAAGGGUCACUGGUAUCCAGACAACCCCAGCAAGGGCCAAGCAUUCAGGUGUAUCAGAGUUAACCGGUUUCAUAAAGAGGAUGCAGAAUUGCUAAGAGCUUGUGUUGAGAGUGGAGUGCAGUACAAAGACCUCGGUCUGCCUAAAGAGCUCACCCUUUGGGUUGACCCUGGAGAGGUGUGCUGUAGGUAUGGUGAGAAGAACCAUGGCUUUACUGUGGCCAGUUUCUCAAGUGAUGACGAUGAUGAUAAAGAGGAUGUGACUAAGAAAGUGACAAGUGCUGUGGAGAGGGUCACAUCGGAUUACCACUCUGGAUCCUCCUCGGAUGAGGACACCAGCUUUAGAGAGCCUCAGUUCACCCCAUCAUUCUAUAACCACCCCCCAUACCAGCUUAUGUAUCCCAGUGCCCCAGUGUGGCAGCCUGUACCAAGGAGGAAAUUCAGCCCAGGAAAAGGGCACUACCUUCCAAGGCCACACUACAUGAUUCGCCCACCUUGUAGACCCAACCAUUCAUUUAAGCCACACAGCUGGGUCCAGCAUGUAUACCACAGCAAGCAUGGAUACUAGUAAAGCACCCUUACUGAACACACCAGCUUCAGUGACCACUGCAACUGUUAGUUUAUUGGUGUUAGUGUGAGGGUUGUUCAAUUGAAAAGUGUUUUUUUUUUUUAAGUUACAACUAAGAUGACUGACCAAAUUUUUUAUAAUGUAUUUUUGUAGUUCUAUUGUCACUCUUUUGACUUGACUUGUCUACUUUUUUAAAGAAAGAUAACAUUAACUGUUUGCACUUUAGAUUAUUUGUAAUAGAGCGUGUGUAAGGUAAAUUCGUACAUUUUGGAUUAGGUCAUUUUCAUGCAUUUAAAUUUUUAUGGUAAUGGUAAUAUUUGCUGUAUUUGUAUUUAUGUUAAAUGGGAUUAUUGUAAUUUGAUAACACUUUACGUAAUGUUUUUGUGAUAGUUUCAGUGACCAAAUGUUUUAUUUAUUCACAGUAAGUUAUUAUGUAUUGCAUAGACCACUUAAAUUAUGGAUAACAUUAAAAACAUUUUUCAACAUUAAAAAAUUUGGAACUUUUAAUUUUUUGAUGCUGUAAUUUUGUUAAGAAACCACUAGGUGGCAUCAUGACGUAAUAUUUAAUUACAGUAUAAUUGCACACUUUGAAUUGGGAGCAUGAAAUAUUUGACUUGUUUACUAGACAGUACAUGACUGGCAAAAUUGGAGAAAACUUAGUGCAUUGAAGUUUUUUUUUAGGUUUUUUUUUUUUAUUUGCCCAUUCUCUCAAGGAAUCCUGCUAUGCUAUUUUGAAAUGUAUAAUGUUUGUGAAAAUGCACUAGUGGCACUGAUUUUUUCCUCUAAGUUCAACAAGUUCAGUAUGUUGGCCACACCUUCCUCAACUCUGAGCACAGCAAACUGUUCUCAAACUCUAACCAAGUUUAAGAAGAAAUGACUCCACUUCAUGACUAUAAUUACAGACAGAGGCAUUGCUUAAGAAUUCACUUCACUUUUCCCACACCCUUUUCUGUUGGCUUAUACUAUUGUGUGUGGAUCCACAGUCUUCCUUGUACUUGCAAGAAGGUUGCUGAUAUAUAGUGUACUGGUCAAUGCCAAUAGUACCUUAAGUCCAAAUGUCACCAAAACAAACAGAAUAACAUGUGUUUCCAUCAUUGCAAUUGUUAUAUUUUGUAAUAUAUUAAAAAGUAAUGAUAGCUGUGUAGGUCCAUACAUGCAAGUGAAUGGUGACCAAAACUUUGAAGCUCCAAAAAAGCACAUAAAGGCAGCAUAAAAAUGCUACUACUCCUGUAGUUUAAUCUGUGUCUUAAGAAGUGGGUACUGCCUUAAUGUGCUUUUUGGAGCUUUAAAAUGUUGGUACCCAUUCACUUGUUUUGUAUGGACUUACAGAGCUGAGAAAUUCUUCUAAAAGUCUUUGUGUUCUCCAGAAUAAAGAAAGUCAUACACAUCAGGGAUGGCAUGAGGGGUGAAAAUUAUGAGAGAACUUUAGUAUGUCAUCACUGUUUU